CGUGUGUUUUUUUAAGCAAAUUUCCAGCUGCAGUUUGGCCUUUUCAUUGGCUGAAACCACAGUCAGAUUCUGUUGCGAAAUUAUCUGAUUGAAAAUCAGGGAGGAGAGAAAAAACAAAGAGCAACAAGUGCUGAUGCGUUUUUCGCUGCUUUGCUUUUCGGACUUCGAGGAAAGAUUUUUCUUUUUGUUUUUUGUUUUUUUUGUUUUUUGUUUUUUUGUUUUUUUUAAUCACACGGAAUUUAUAGUAAUUAACCAACGGCAAAAUUCUAAAUUAACGAGUUUUGCUAUGCCGCGGUCAUUUCUGGUGAAAAACAAAAGGUGCACGUCCUAUAAUGUGCACAGAUCAUAUGACGAGCCGAAGGCCUCUGUUUGUGCAGAAGCCCCAUUAGAAGCUCAGAGGACAGACCACUCAGACAAGCCUCAUUCAGCGGAGAAGAUUUUACAGUCAGACCGCUGCUCACUUAAAAAGGAGGAGUCUGAUCAAGAAUACCCCUUACUUGUGCAGCCAGAGUUAAACAGACCACCUGUGGCUCCCGCACAGCUGUACUACCUCACUGAACCUCGAGAAUUCCCAUCAUACUGCAAAUCCCCAUACUCUUGGGAAUCAGUGUCAUCUGCUUACGAACUCCGCCAGCUGACCUUCAGUCCCACGGUACUGCAGCACGCCAACAAUCUGUACAGCAAUCACAUCAGCCGUAGUCCGCCACCCCAGCAGCCUCUGGACUGUAGCACACACUACUCCCCAACAACGAACACCUACCACUGCAUCACCUGUGACAAGGUGUUCUCAACGUCCCAUGGCCUGGAGGUUCACGUCAGGAGGUCGCACAGCGGAACACGACCUUUUCACUGCAACAUCUGCAGAAAAACCUUUGGGCAUGCCGUUAGCCUGGAACAUCACAUGAACGUCCACUCUCAGGAAAAAAGUUUUGAGUGCAAAAUGUGUGGGAAAUCAUUCAAGCGCUCAUCCACUCUCUCCACGCACCUGCUCAUCCACUCGGACACGAGGCCAUACCCCUGUCAGUACUGUGGCAAGAGGUUCCACCAGAAAUCUGACAUGAAGAAGCACACAUACAUUCACACGGGUGAAAAGCCCCACAAAUGCCAAGUGUGCGGCAAAGCAUUCAGUCAAAGCUCGAACUUGAUCACCCACAGCAGGAAACACACGGGAUUCAAACCCUUCGGUUGUGACAUUUGUUCUAAGGGUUUCCAACGUAAGGUGGAUCUCCGGAGGCACCACGAGAGUCAGCACGGGAUGAAGUGAACAGAAGACCGGAUAACUCAGGGGGAGGAUGGAAUCUUAUACGAACGUAGCAGGAGCCAGCAUUUUGCAAUGUCUUUCUCACAAAAAAUAAAAGAAAAUUGAUAUUUAUAGAGACGUAAAUCAUAUAUUUAAAGUGUACAUAUUUAUAUACAUUCUGCAAAAUGUAUGUACUUUUUACAGUUUCAUGUGGUUUGGGUUUCAUAUUAAACAUUCCUACAGUU